AAACGCCAUUCUUAAUUACGCAACAUAGAACUAGCUAGCUAGACGAGAGAAAAAGAAAGAAGAGAGAGAUGGGUGAGCCAAAGGCAAAAUUGUUGGACAUGUCAAGAGUUCCUAAAGUUCGAGAGGGAUUCUACGCGACGAACAAUCAGUUUCAGAAAGCGGGUCCAAAGGGUUUCAUUGAAGUGAAGGUUCUGGAGAACGACAAGCUCUAUGUGCGUGUGGACUUGCCCGGUGUCCCAGACGACGCCAUUCGCGUCAGAGUUGACUCCGUUAGACAAAAGGUUGUGUUUUUCUCCGGCGAGACGGUCAUCAACAAGAAGGAAGGCGUGCGUGAGUACUCUGGAACAGCCGGUCUUGGCUGUGACUGCUGCGAGAUCACUGGCGUGGACCAUGUCAAAAUGAAAGAUGGGGUUUUAAGGAUGAUUCUCUCAAGGGUUAAGGUGAACAAGGAUGAUCAACAGAACAACAACAACAAGUGUACUCUCACUGUGCCUCCUUUCACAGGCCAAUCCGGAAUACGUUUGGAGGAUCAUCCGUAUAUCGUGAAAGGUCGCAAGGAUGCACUUUUCUGGGCACCAAUGGAAGUGGAAGGAGGGUGUUUAUUUGCAGUAGACUUGCCAGGUGCUUGUGGGGAGGAUGAUGUAGAAGUUUCUGCUAAUGAGAAUACAGUCAGUUUCAAAGCUGAGAUCAAGAACGUUUGUGAGAAUGAUGAGAGCGCUCGAACCUACCUCGGAAGCAUGAAAAGUCCUUAUGGUUCCUCUGAUCAACCAUUGAAUACCACCCACACCAUCGGUUGGGAUGUAAGAUUUGGUGUUCUCAUGAUUGUGGUUAUACCUCAUGGCAACACUACCACCACCAACAACAACAACGAAUACGCCUAAGGAAGAAGCCCUGUUUAAUAAUCCCAUCUCCCUAUCUUCUGCUCUACUAGUUAAAGAACACCCACUAUAUAUGUUCUUGGGAACUCAGUAAAUGCUAAGGUCAUACCCGUGCAAGAGAUACAUGAAGCCUCUUAGAGGUGGGUGUAUCAGCAGCUAAAAUGUAUUGAGUUACUUCUCCUAGUGUCCCACUGGCCAAUAAUCAUACACUUUGUAUGUACCAAAGGCUAUACUUUGAUGAGUCUUGCUUUCAAGGAUUUCAAGUAAAACACCUUCUAAGAGGCUUCAUGUAUCUCUUGCACGCUUAUGACCUUACCAUAUGGCUGGUAGUAGAGUGCCGUCGAGAAUCAAAUGUGAGGCAGUGAGUGAGAAACAACUCACGCCAGGCAUCAUAAUUAUGAUCAUCGAGAUCAAGGAUGAGAGGUAUGUGAGAUUUGAUGUUUGUAACACCAAGGCUCGCUCAAAAGUUGCCAGAGGAGCAGCCAUUUUGAAACAAAAAAGAAAAGAAAGAGAGAGACGAGAAGAGAAGAGAGGAAGAAGUAGAAGAGGAAGCGGAGAAAAAAUAUCAAGAGCGAUCUAGCUCUGAUACCAUGAAAGUUGUGAAAUCCCCCUUGCUCUGUUCAUUGAUUUACAUGGCCUAAGAGGUUACAGAAAUGUGCCUAUAAUCUAGAAUAUAUUAAACAGAAUAUAUACAAUAAUAUGUAAGUAGUUGUGACAGAAUAUUCUUAUAUUCUAUCAAUACUGAGUUGCCAGAUUCUCAUUAGGGCUAAGAAGCUGCUCUACAGCUUCUUGUUUUUAGAGAUGAACUGGUGCUCUUCUUUUACUCUUGAAGUUGUUCUGUGGCAUCUCAUAUCUCUGUUGUUGUGUUUCGUUUUUACCACUUACCAUUGUGGUAUUCAUUACAUGAUCAUCUCUUAUUUUGUUGUUGCAGACACCAAUGAUUGGUUUUGUUUUUAGUGACCACGUGUAAGUCUUUGA